CGGGGCCCAGCCGGAGACGUCAUUUCCGCUUGUGUCGCGGUGAGGUGCGGAGCUGCGCGUGGAGCGGGACGGGACGGGACGAGACAAUGCCUAAAUCAAAGGAACUUGUGUCUUCAAGCUCAUCUGCAAGUGAUUCAGAUAGUGAAGUUGACAAAAAGGCGAAGAGGAAAAAGCAAGCAGCUCCAGAAAAACCUGUAAAGAAACAAAAGACUGGCGAAAGUUCUAAAGGCGCAGCUUCCUCUAAGCAAAGCAGUAACAGAGACGAGAAUAUGUUUCAGAUUGGCAAAAUGAGGUAUGUGAGCGUUCGUGACUUUAAAGGGAAAGUCCUAAUUGAUAUUAGGGAAUACUGGAUGGAUCAAGAAGGUGAAAUGAAACCUGGUAGAAAAGGUAUUUCUUUAAAUCCAGAACAGUGGAACCAGCUGAAGGAACAGAUUUCUGAUAUUGAUGAUGCAGUAAGAAAACUGUAAAGAAAGAGCCAUACAGAAACCUUUAUUGUUUUAGUUGUUUUUAGCAGUCUUUUUACAUUGGCUUUUGUUUUCUAAAAUAUUUGUUUUCCAAGCUAUUGUAUAUUUGGAUUGCAAAACAGUUUGUAAGAUGAAUACUUUUUUUAUGUGCAUUAAAAGUGUAUUCUGAGUGAG